ACAAUAACCAUCAUGCAUCGUCCAAUAAUCCGAUGUAAAUUUUUUACACGAGGUAAUUGCCGCAAUGGCGAAGCAUGUCCAUUUGCACAUAUCGUACAACCCGAAAUUAUGGACCUACAGCAGUCAGAUAUUAGGAAUGUUGAUGUACAGCCGGAACGUCGUAGACAUCCAACUGGACAGACAGGUCUUGUAAAUCAGGGAUUUAACGAGCAUUUCCAGUCAUCCUCACAAUAUUUUGAUAAGAGCCGCUACAAAUGGGUUUCACCAUUGCUUAAAGGACGCGAAGAAGCGAAAAUUAAGGUGAUAAAAGAUCAAAAUGGCACAGAUAAAAGCAUUUGCGAUAAAGAUCUUAUUUCCAAACGAAAGUCAUCGGAAGGAGCAUCAGGCGCAGAAUUGUUUCCAGCUAAUAAGAAUUCCGAAAUAAUCUUCAACAAAACAAAGUCGGAGUGUCUAGACUGCGUAUAUUUAGGAAAAAGUGAGUUUACCUAUGGUGGUUGCAAUAAUUUAAUGCAACAGUUUUAUUCGAAGAUGGAAGACUUAACUGUCGAACAAAUAAAGCAGUUUGACAGAGAUGAGUUUGAAUAUGGCAAAGUGCCGACGAUCCCACCUCCCAAAGAAUUUUGUUUCCGAUAGCUUUGGUUCAUUAUACCUUACACUG